CCAAAGAUGGAGUACGUGGGCUUUGCCAGCAGAGCACUGCAAAGCCAGCCGCACAAGAAACAGAGGAGGAGCAACAGCAACAACUCCAGUUGCCAGUUUGCCACAAGAGCAGCGUCUUCCCGUCUCCGCCUCUCCCACUCUCCCGGAAUAUACUCCGUCCAGGCCAACCCAACCUCCCGCGCUCUUCCCUUGCCGCCGACCAUGGCGGCGGCGGCGGCGACGGAGGAGGGGCGGCCGGCGACCAAGUACGUGCUGAUUACCGGCGGGGUCGUCAGCGGCCUCGGAAAGGGCGUCACUGCCAGCAGCGUAGGCGUCGUCCUCAAGUCCUGCGGCCUCCGCGUCACCUGCAUCAAGAUCGAUCCGUACUUAAAUACAGAUGCUGGGACUAUGUCUCCCUUUGAGCAUGGUGAAGUAUUUGUGCUUGACGAUGGUGGAGAGGUAGACUUGGAUUUAGGAAACUAUGAGCGUUUCUUGGAUGUCACUCUGACGAGGGAAAAUAACAUUACCACUGGAAAGAUUUAUCAGUCUGUCAUUGAGAAGGAGAGAAAGGGUGACUAUCUUGGAAAGACGGUCCAGGUUGUUCCUCAUGUAACUGAUGAAAUAAAGAACUGGAUACAAUCAGUGUCCUCUGUUCCUGUGGAUGGGCAGGCUCGUCCAGCUGAUGUUUGUGUUAUUGAAUUGGGAGGCACUGUAGGUGAUAUUGAAUCAAUGCCAUUUAUUGAAGCUCUACGCCAGUUGUCAUUUUCUCUUGGUAAGGACAAUUUCUGCCUCAUACAUGUGAGCCUUGUUCCAGUAUUGGGUGUAGUUGGUGAGCAAAAAACUAAGCCAACACAGCACAGUGUACGGGAAUUAAGGGCCUUGGGUCUGACUCCUGAUCUUCUAGCAUGCCGAUCAGCACAGCCACUAAUAGGAUCCGUAAAGGAGAAGCUUUCACAAUUUUGUCAUGUACCGGUUGAGAAUAUACUUGACAUCCACGAUGUUCCAAAUAUAUGGCAUGUUCCCCUUAUUCUUAGAAACCAAAAGGCGCAUGAUGCUAUAAUCAAACAACUAAACCUUGCCAGGUCCGCUGGACCGCCUGAAUUACGAGAUUGGACGCAGAUGGCCGAGUCAUAUGAUAACCUCAGCAACUCUGUUAAAAUUGCUUUGGUUGGGAAGUACAAUAAUCUGACAGAUUCUUACUUGUCAGUGGUGAAGGCUCUUCUACAUUCCAGUGUCGCAUGUUCACUGAAACCUUCUAUCCAGUGGGUUGCAGCUUCAGAUCUUGAAGAUGCAGCUGCAACAAGUGCACCAGAUGCCCAUGCCAAAGCUUGGGAAACUCUUAAGGACUCCUCAUGCAUUUUGAUACCUGGAGGAUUUGGAGACCGUGGAAUAUCUGGGAUGAUAUUGGCUGCAAAAUAUGCUCGUGAGAACAAAGUUCCGUACCUUGGCAUAUGCUUGGGAAUGCAGAUAUCAGUGAUUGAGAUGUCUAGACAUGUUCUGGGCCUGGGAGAUGCAGACAGUGAAGAGUUCAACACAGACACACCAGAUCGUGUUGUUAUGUACAUGCCUGAGGUAUCAAAAACACACAUGGGAAACACGAUGAGGUUGGGCUGCCGGAGAACAUUCUUCCGCAAACCAGACUGUCUUACAUCAAAACUGUAUGGAAGUCCUCCACAUGUAGAUGAGCGCCAUCGUCACAGAUAUGAGGUCAAUCCUAGCUUUGUUCCUAUGCUUGAGAAUGCAGGCCUCCAGUUUGUUGGUUGCGAUGAAAGUGGAAACAGGAUGGAGAUCGUAGAGCUACAAGACCACCCAUUUUACAUAGGUGUUCAGUAUCAUCCAGAGUUCAAGUCAAGGCCUCGAAGACCGUCGCCUCCAUUUACAGGUCUGAUAUUGGCAGCGACUGAACACGUAAGAGCACUUGCAAAUAUUUCCAAUGGUGGUGCUGGAGCUUCUGAGUAGUGUCAUUUGCACACCACCAGAUAUGGUCAUGUACUUGUGCACUUCAAACAUCUGCUUAUCGAUGACGCAGUUUCCAUCAUACGGUCAUGUACCGGGAUUUACCUAAGCUGAGAUAUUCGCCUUUUCGUAGGAAGUAGCUAAGCUGAUCGUCAUCAUACAAUGCUUGUUCUGAGAUUACCAUGCUGAACACUAGUCGAUUUUUCAUUGAAGGUACACCGUCUGUGUACAAGCAAAGUUUGACUUGGCCCAUUUUAUUAGCAUGAUAUGCUGGCAUGCGAAACUGUGGUGAAAUGGAUGAUAACUUGUUUCGAUAAUUUGACAUUCAAAGUUUUUCUUCUCCCA